AUGGAUAUUGGUUCGGGAUACCUUGCAUGGCGAUUGAAGACCAUACAAAGAAAAACAGCAGAGGAGAGAGGUGCCUCAGUCAGCAAAUCUCCUAAAGUUGGUGGGCCAGGCCGUGGUCGUCAGCCCGUCAGCCCUUCAGCCCUUCCGCCAUCUGAUGAGGAUGUGGAAGCAGCUAUUUCUGUUUUGAGACACUCUGCUGAUGAAAAGACUGUCCGCGAGAAGAUGGAAAUGACCUUCAUAUAUCGGCAAGCAAUGGUCAACGAUGAAGCCAAAUCAUCAGAUGUCUUCUUGGUCUUCCCACGAUUUCUGGACACACCAGGACUGAUAGAACAAGAUUUCAGACUUAUGUUUGGUGAGACCACGGCCAACAAAUUCUGGGAGAAGUGGCCAACCACUUUCAAAGCAAAAGUAAUAAAGGAAAGUCACGGACUUGUACCCACCACGGAGCUCUUGGAUUUGAUCCACAAUGCUGAGUCAGCUGCUGAAGUUGAGAAUGGCUGGGACAGUGACAUGUCCGCCAUCUUGCUGCUGCUACAUUUGCUACCACCAUCUGCACAAGGUAGAAAGAGGCCGGGAAAGCUGUCUGCAUAUCAAGCUGUAGAUCAGCUCAUCAGAUUUCAAAAGGUUGGAACCAGUGUGCAGCAACAUCUAGAUAACAUCACCCAAAGCAGUCAGCCCUACCUUCUCGCCCAGGGAUCCACACAGAGCACCAUUCACUCAUACUUCAUUGUGGUUGACAAGCAUGCACUUCCAUGCAAGGCAACAGGUUCAGUUGGAGUUUUUGACGAACUCUUUAAAGCCCAUUACGUCUUUGGUACGUCAUACAGUUUUUCUCUGAGCAGCUUUUUCACUUUUGUGCAAACAACCAUUUAUAACAUCGACAUGGGGGAAACAAAGGAGACUCCUAGAGUUGCAGAGUUGCGAGCAAGAAUGGUGCAUUAGUUGAGAUAAAACGAUGAAGUGUUUUCUUUGCAAAAGUGACCAUGGAAGUCCAAACAACCUUGUUAAACACUUUAAGGUAAUUCAUGGGCUAUUUACAGGCAGGACUCUUUUUCUGAAGUGUGGUCAAGAAGGAUGCUCACGUUCUUUUGGUAGUUUUUCUGGUUUAAGAAAGCAUCUUAAUAAGUGCCAUGGAAGCAGUUUAGUUGAUUCUGUAGAUUAUGAUCAUUCAUAUCCUCAAAGUACCGUCAAUACAGGUAAUGUUUCUCAUGUUGAAGAGUCGACUGAAUAUUUAGAGGCCGAGUCACAGUUAUCUUCGCCAUACAUUGUAAAUAGUUGUUCAGCUGUAAUUUCUGAUCUAAAGGCAGCAGGUGUUGGUCAAAGUACACUGAAUUCUGUAGUGAUUUCCAUGGAAGAGAUCGUUCAAGAUAUCCAUGAGCAUGCUAAAGAGACAGUGAUAAAAGAUGUAUUUAGUAAUGAAAGAGAAACGGAAAUGUGCAAGAAAGUUGAGGCAUGUUUUGAGGGGUUAGAGAAUCCUUUCACAAUUCUAAAUUCGGAAUACAAGAGAUCCAAAUUUAUGACUGACAAGUGGGAAAUAGUAGAACCAGUUGAAUGUGUGAUUGGUUCAAGAUUUGACACAAGACGAAAUAAAAAGACUGGAACAUAUGAUCAGGUAG